AUGGCUGAUAGCUCAAAGCACAUUGGUUCCCAAAGGAAAAUUAAAUCACUUCACUUCUCUGUGACUGGAUCCGACCUGACCCGCAGUUACAGCCUCUUCUCCUAUGCCAUCUGGACCCAGGCCAACGAGAUCCUCCUCUUCAAGGAAGUCAAAGAGUACCUGGUGGCCGAGGGGGACUCGGAGGUGGUCUAUGACCUCCCCGUCGCCACCGAGGCCCUCCCCGUCCCUCGACACAUCUGUUUCAACUGGUUGGUGGUGUUCUGGGUGGAUGGGAAGCCUCUGGGGAGGAAGGGGCUGCGGAAGGGCUACACGAUGGGGGAUCAGGCUAAGAUCAUCCUGGGGCAGGAGCAGGACUCAUUCGGAGUGUGA